UUCACGCUUCUUUCAUUUUAGUAAAUAGGAUUGAACUCAAGUUAUGUUUACACAGUUUUAAAUCCUCAGCCCAAACUUCAACCUCACCUUCUCCUCCCUCUUCGCGGUUUUCUUAUCAUCCUUCCUCCCAGAGUUGCUCCCCUUGGCCUCUGGUUUCUUCCCCCCAGCAGUGGUCGGUUUCCUCACCCCCGAGCGCGUCUGCUGUUUGCCCCUCGAGCUAGAGCUGACUUUGGCCGUCUGUUUCUGCUCGUUUGGGGUCAGUGGUGGCCACACGUCGGGGUCGCGCACCACCGGAGCACUCCAGGACGACCCAAUACUCUGCGACCACAGUGCGGGGUCCCUCGUGGGCUCCUCGAACUGCAGACACGACGUCCCCAGCAUUCUCUCCGUUCUCACGUCGACUUUGAACAACUGCAACAUGUGAAUCGCAGACUUGACUUUCUCGAACUCCUGGACAAUCUGGUGCUGCACCAACUGCCACUUGGAUUUUCUCGUUGUGUCCACUAUCGUCGCUAAUAAUCGGUGAAUCUGCUGCACAACUCCUUGAUAGUAAACACCUGACGUGUCGUAGUUGCCAGUCAGCGCCAGAUCUCUAGCCAAUUUCGUGUUCUCACAGAUUUCGUUUAUUGACACUGCCAUUGUUUACUCAAUAAUGCACUUGUUCUGUGGGAAAUUCAGGGAGUUGAGCUAUUGUUUGACGAGAAGGAACACCGAAACUGCAGGAAGAAGCCGAGAAAUUUGGAUUUGGGGGGUUUAAUUGAGGUUUUGACUUUUUUCUGGGAGUCAGCAAUACCUGGAUGUUGUUAUUAUUAUGGUGUCACGAAAACUGUCAAGUUCGUUACCAUUUUCGUCGCUGCGCGAGUGUGUGGGACUGACUGAGAGGGGAGGGAGGAGUGAAAGAUGGAUGUGGUGAUGAGUUCAGAUGAAUAUUUCGAGAGUUAUGAGGAGCUCGAUGUUCACAGACUCAUGCUGAGUGAUAAUCCGAGAAUGACAGCGUAUAAGAAUGCCAUUGUGAAUAAUAAACAUUUGUUUGAGGGGAAAGUUGUGAUGGACGUUGGUGCCGGCACCGGAAUUUUGUCAAUUUUCUGCGCACAGAUUGGGGCGAGGACUGUCUACGCCGUUGAGGCGAGUAGACUGUCAUCGGUGAUAAAAGACGUUGCUAUUGAGAAUUGUGUAGAUAAAGUAGUCCAAGUUAUUCCACAAAAACUCGAAGAUAUCCGAGAUGACACAGUCGAUGUCGUUGACAUAAUUGUGUCUGAGUGGAUGGGAUUUUACCUCGUCCACGAGGGAAUGCUCAAUACGAUUAUCACCGCGAGAGACAGAUUUUUGGUGGAGAAUGGACUCAUAUUUCCGUGCAUUGCCAAGUUGUACGCUGCUCCUUGCCAAGUUCCAGAGUUUUUUGAAUUUUGGGACGAUGUCUGUGGAGUUAAAAUGGGAUCAAUCGGGACUCAAUUAAGAAAAUUAAAAUCCACGAAACCCGAGAUAAUGCUCGUGAAACCCGAGAAUUUGUUGUCUGGAGAGAAAUUAUUUGCUUGGCUAGACCUCAGAUCCACGACAUCAGUGGAGUUGUCCACGAUUGGAGGUCAAGAUCUGGUGUUUGCCUCGAAAAAAAAUGGAAAGUUCGAGGGAAUUUGCGUUUGGUUUGACGUGGAGUUUCCAGACACCUCAGAGCUCUCAACGUCUCCGCAGACUGAGCCGACCCACUGGAAGCAAACAGUCAUUCUCCUGCCUCAAGCGCAAGAGGUCGAAGAGUCUGAACCAAUCGCAGUGAAAAUAACUGCCAGAAAGAACGAGGCGAGACCUCGAUGGUACAAUCUCGAAUUGGAAGUUCUGGACCCUGAUGAGACUGAACACGACAUGCCGUGUGAUUGUUACAUGACGAAGUGUAUUGUCUCGAGAGAAUUUCUCAAACUGCAAGAAAAUAAUGAAUGAUGAGCAGUAAAAAUUUGACUCCUCUUUUUCAGUUUUCACAUGUGUCUUUUAUUUUCCCACGUUUUUAACAAAUUAUUUUGAUGAUUCAGAGUAUUUCUUACCACGAAAUAAUACAACUCUGUUAUUCAGUAAUCCCAGAGUCCUAUCGAUUUAAGUAUUUUAGUUUCGCUGUUUUUGCCGAAAGGCACUAAUGUUCAUAAUCAUUCCUCGAGGAGGUGGUGAAUUCUUUUUUUAUUCAACAAUAAAAUUUUCGAAUGCUGGGAAAAUGGAAAGAGAGAUUAUAGAAGUUUUUCCCAAGACGUCAUUGGUUGAUAAAUUCUAGAUGUUUUUUAUUCAUAAUAUUUUUUGAAAUUCU